GCAGUGGUAGUCGUCGUAUGUGCUGUAAUCCUAAACGCUGUGAGUACAUCGUUAUCAACCUGAGCGCGGUGUCGAUCAUAUGUCCGCAUCCGAAGCGUUUGGACAAGCCAGGAAGUGGGCGUGUGUUCGAGGGUCCGCCCGUGCCAGCGGAGAGGACUUCGCCAUCCAUUGACGGCAGCUCUGGCGAAAUGGGAGUCAGUAGCAACGUGCAGAUGGAUAAGUCCGAUUCGGAGCCACGGGUAUACGCUAGACGAUGGGCGAUUUUGGUGAUGUUCAUCAUACUCAGUGCUUCGAAUGGUGCUCAAUGGAUUAUGUACUCUGUGAUUGCACAAAUUGUUGUUGAUUUCUAUGGUGUCAGCUACACUGCUGUCGACUGGACGAGCAUGAUCUAUAUGAUCACCUACAUAUUCCUGUUCAUUCCAGCAUCGUACUUGCUCGACAAGUAUGGUUUACGAUUUUCUAUCCUACUUGGCGCCACUGGCAACGCUCUUGGAGCGUGGAUUAGGAUACUCUCUACAGAUCCUGAUGGUUUCUGGAUUACCUUCAUUGGUCAAAGUAUAGUAGGUGCUUCGCAGAUGUUCACCCUAGGAGUUCCUCCUCGACUGGCUGCUGUAUGGUUCGGUCCAAAUGAAGUGUCCACAGCUUGCGCUGCUGGAGUUUUUGGAAACCAGCUGGGUAUCGCAAUCGGUUUUCUCGUUCCUCCACUUCUGGUUCACAACGGGACCAAGGAGGAAGUCGCCUAUGAUCUCAACAAACUUUUUCUCUGCUCCGCAGUCCUGAACUCUCUCGUUCUCGCAGUUAUAAUCUGCUUCUUCUCUGCCCGACCUCCAACUCCACCGAGUCUAGCCCAAAUCACUGCUCAAGAAGAGAAAACUAUCGACAGCAACUUUUGGAGAACUCUUGGAAAACUUCUCACUAGCAGAGAUUUCAUUCUGCUCUUCGUAACAUACGGCAUCAAUACCGGUGUAUUCUACGCAGUAUCGACGUUGCUAGCUCAAAUGGUGCUUCCAUUCUAUCCAACAGAAUCCGAGGCUGUAGGACAAAUUGGAGUUACAAUCGUUGUAGCCGGAAUGCUUGGCUCGGUCGUUGGAGGUUUCUUACUGGACAGAUUCAAAAAAUUCAAAAUGACCACUUUACUCGACUACCUCUUCUCAUUCUGCGGUAUGCUCUCCUUCACUUUCACACUCAACCUCGGUUCCAUAGUUGUAGUCUUCAUAAAUGCGUUUCUGCUUGGGUUCUUUAUGACCGGUUAUUUGCCAAUCGGUUUUGAAUUUGCGGCAGAAAUCACUUUUCCUGCUGCCGAAGGUACAACUGGUGGUCUUUUGAAUGCCAGCGCACAGAUUUUUGGCAUUGUACUGACGUCAGCAAUGGGCUAUGUGAUGCACGGGAUAGGCACGUUUUGGUGCAAUAUCAUCAUGAGCACGGCUCUUAUCGUCGGCACUCUUCUCACAGCCCUCAUAAAAGAGGAUCUGAAGAGGCAAAAGUCCCAUGCGAGUCACGCAAAUCUUCCGACUUCUGCUACUCAACUCACCAGCUGCACAAUAGCCAACGAUUAAACCUCAUGACGAAACGGAAUCACUUCUCCUAUCCACAAUAGCCUAGCUAUAGCAUACAUCGAUAUAUUGGAUAUCUCUCACUCAGAGCUUUUACGCCAAUGUUCUCUUCCAUGAGCUAGUCAAAUUUCGGCACCAACGGUCUCUUAGAAAACACCUUUACAGAGAAAAGUUGAUUUCUGUAAAGGGACCAACUACGGAUGUUCCUUACAGUAGCACUGUAUACCACCGCGUACGCUCGGAUUCCAAAAAUCAGGGAGCUUAAAAAGCACUGCACGGAGGCCUUCACAUUUCUUCAACUCUUAAGCACUUUGUACAGAGGUCUUCACUUAGCUCGGCACGUGUAGUAUUUGUUGAAUUUCGGUGCAUUUGUUCGUGUCAAACACUUAUCUGACCAGUGUUCCAUUACGAGUGUAGAUUAGCUUACUCAUUACCAUCCUGCAUGCAAUGAUCUACCAUAUUUUGUACUGCGCCCUGUGCGUCAUAUAACUUCAAUAAGAAUAAA